CAAAGUCAAUUUUCACUUUGAACACACAAGAUGCGCCCAGCUCAACAAGCCACGACGUUUGCGUUUGGGGCGGCCAUGAUGGCCCUCCUCAUGUGGUUGUUGCGCCGCAGACAACAACAGAAGAAGGUGCUCACCACGGGCGCCUCGUCCAGCGGCAGUGAAGGCACAGAUCAGGCCGGCCAGGCCGGCGACGGACAGCGUGAUGCCGCCGUGGAGGGCCUGUAUGCCGUGUGCACCAGGAUCGAAACAGCGCUCGUCUCCGCAACGCGGAGCGGGGAUGCGCGACGCAUGCGGCGUUUGAGGCGCGUGCUGCGCAGGGUGUACGAUGCACUGGAGACAUUCGAGGGUGCAGACGGCAUGGCCGGCCAGCGGGGAGGCGCCGUAUCCCUGGGCCAGUUCCGCUUGGCCCAACUCGACCGCCUGUGCGAGGCCGGCACAGAUGACACGGGCACCACGCCCGAGCACACCCACGCGCGGGCACGGCAGGGCAAGGCCCGGUGGCCUGGCGACGGUGGCGAUGAUGAUGAUGACGACGACGACGACGACGACGGUCGAUACGACAGCGAUGCAGAUGCAUUUGGUAGUGGUUACGACGACGAAUAUGCGGCGUCCGAUGCGUCGUUUCAGUCUGCGCGCUCGACGAUGAGCGCGUUUGAGGACAACGAUGACGAGGAUGACGCAAGCCGCGCGGGCGACAUGAUCUCAUCAACACAACAGCAGCAGCAGCUGGAGGAUGAUGAUGGCGAGCACGGCCGCCAUCGCCAUCGCCAUCGCCGGCACCGCCACCACAGCCACCAUAGCCACCAUCGCCGCGUGCACCACCGCUCCAAGUCGCGCAAACGCCCGGGCCGCAAGCAGGCCGCAGCAGCAGCGGUGGCACGCAAGGAGACAGCAGAAGCAGGCGAAGCAGCGGGGGAGCCCACACGUGUCCCGCGCAGUGCAGAGGCGAAGCAAGCGGAGAAGAAAGAGGAGGAGGUAGAGGAGGAGGAAGGUGGCGUGAGCGUGUAUGAGGAGGCGCUUGCCUUGGCGCAGCAAGGCGACGUGCCGUGUCGCGUGGAGCGCACGGAGGAGACCGGGUGUGCAGACAGGACAGACUUUCUCACGCGCCUGCACUGCGUGCGGGAGGCGUCUGACUUGAUGAUGGGCGACAAGGAGUUUCGUGUGUGGUUCACGCGCUUUGGGCGGGACCUCCUCGGCUCCUUGGUGGAGAAGGGCGGCGGAAAUCUCAACACCUUCCACACCGCCUACGACAACAUGAUGUCCUUCCUCGACCAAGUCUCACAGGAAGGGCGCACGUCGUCGCUGCUGGACGAGCUGAAGCCGCGCGGUGUUGUUCGCCUCUCCCUCUUUGACGCCGUCGUCGACAUCAUCCUCCUCGACGCCUUUGACGACAUGAAGAAUCUGCCAGGCACAGUGACCUCUGUCCUGCAAAACUCCUGGAUUCCAACCAGCGUCAAGCAGAACACACUGAACACAGCCAUCUGGUCCGUCAUCAGCGCCAAGGAGCGCACGUCGCCACCCGACGGCCUCCUCAAGAGGUUGUACAGCAUCUUCAAGGUUCUCAGCCCUGUAUUGGCGUGCGGUUUGAUGGGCUGCUCGUCACAACCACGGUUCAAAGAGCUUUGCGAAGACUUCAAGGCGUUUGUUGAGAAAGGGACGCGUGACUGGUUCCAGUUUGACAAGGACAAGUACACGUCCCACGCUGCCCUUGCCGAAGACAUGAAGCACUUGUGGUACCGCAAGGCCGACGAAGCAAAGCAGAUUGUCGCAAAGUACCAGUGAGGAGGCAUCGGCAACAACGGAACUACAGUCACAGCGCAAGCAAGCAAAGAAGCAAGCCAGCCAGCACAGCAAGGCCGAUUGAUUGUCGUUGGUUGGUUGGUUGGUUGCGGUUCUUGUGGCACUUUCCUUUGCUUCUUUCUUUUUUUCGCCAUUCCUUCGUGUGCCUUCUUUUGGUUGCAGUUUGCGCUUACUGUGUUGCCAAUUGCACCCAGGACGUGCCUUUUUGUAGAAGGUAUGCAUCUAUUUUCAGCAUGCGUUUCUGGAGGCGUUUCUGGUGGUGGAUAUGUGCCUUGGUCAGCUUUUCCUCGUGGUUGUGUGCGAGUUGUAGGAAUCCUGACGUGGCCAGCAACCGCUCCUCCGAUUAUUCAUAAAAGACAUCCACAAUGCUUCCAGCCCAACCUUGCAUCGGAAUUUUGUGAGUGUUGUGCGGGAACAUCGUUGGUUGCCUCACCAAAACAACAAACAAACCAAAC